AUGACACACUACUUCUAUGUAGGUCAUAUUUUGGCGCUCGCUUGUAUCGUUCUCCAAUCUGCUACCUCUAUCCAACAUUUUCUUAUUCUACCUGCAAAAGAUGGAGAUAUUCCAUCAAUGUCUUAUGUACUUGAGAAUAAGAUUAGUGAUCGGCCAGGCUGCUCUGUUUACGACACAUGUGCAAUCCUGCAACCAAAUUCUCUGAAACCUUGA